GCGUGCCCCUCUCUCUUCCUGCCGUGCCGUGUCGGUGUGGAGUGUUUCCUCCUCCUCUCCGUCUGCAGACUUCAGUCUCUGAAACAAGGCUUCACCACCUGACUUCACAUCAUGGCGUUGAACCUCAUCAUAAACACGAGCAACCCGCCUCUAGGUGCACUGCUGGCAGCCGAGCAUCUGAAGGGCAGUGUCCAGGUGUCAGUGGAGGAAGGCAAAGACAACCGCCUUCACGUCUCAGAUGCGAUCCAGUUCAAUGAUGCCAACUCCAUCAGUCGCUACUUGGCCCGGGUGGCUCCUGCUCUUGGCCUCUACGGAGCCAACAUGAUGGAGCAGACUGAGGUCGACCACUGGUUGGAGUUCAGUGCUCGUAGUCUGUGUGGCCAGCCCGGUUUGACCGUGGCGCUGAGGGAACUGGAUAUGGCCCUUUCCCUGCGCACCUUCCUGGUCGGCCACGCCAUCACCCUGGCAGAUCUCUCUGUCUGGGCUGCCCUGAAAGGUCACGAGGGAUGGCCAAGCCAGGGCAAAUCCUUCUCCCACGUCAAUCGCUGGUUCUCCUUCCUGAGCUCACAGGUUCCCUUCACUGCAGUGGACAACAAGUACGCCAAUAAUAAAGCUUCAACGACCAAAUCCAAUUCGAGUGAGAAGAAGCAGGAUGUCGGAAAGUUUGUGGAUUUGCCAGGAGCUGAGAUGGGCAAUGUGGUGGUUCGAUUCCCUCCUGAGGCCAGCGGAUACCUGCACAUUGGCCAUGCCAAGGCUGCUCUGCUCAACCAGCACUACCAGCUCACAUUCAAAGGCAAGCUCAUCAUGCGCUUUGACGACACCAACCCCGAGAAGGAAAAGGAGGACUUUGAGAAGGUGAUCCUGGAAGAUGUUGCCAUGCUCCAGAUUCAACCCGACCAGUUCACCUACACCAGCGACCAUUUCCCCAUCAUAAUGAAAUUUGCUGAACAGCUGCUUUCUGAGGGCAUGGCCUACAUCGACAACACCCCCCCUGAGCAGAUGAAGCUGGAGAGGGAGCAGCGCACUGAGUCCACAUGCAGAAAUAACACGGUAGAGCAGAACAUGAAGAUGUGGUCCGAGAUGAAAGCUGGAACAGAGAGCGGUCAGACUUGCUGCAUGAGGGCCAAGAUUGACAUGAAGUCAAACAACGGCUGCAUGAGAGACCCCACCCUGUACCGCUGCAAGACGGCUAGCCACCCCCGCACUGGAAACACCUACAACGUCUACCCAACAUACGACUUUGCCUGCCCCAUCGUGGACAGCUUGGAGGGUGUGACCCACGCUCUUAGGACCACCGAGUACCACGACCGUGACGAUCAGUUCUACUGGAUAAUCAAUGCCCUGCGGAUCAGAAAACCCUACAUUUGGGAGUAUUCCAGACUCAACCUCAAUAACACAGUGCUGUCUAAGAGGAAGCUCACCUGGUUCGUCGACCAGGGAUACGUCGAUGGAUGGGAUGACCCUCGUUUCCCCACUGUCAGAGGAGUCCUGAGGAGAGGAAUGACUGUGGAGGGUCUGAAACAGUUCAUAGCAGCCCAGGGAGGAUCAAGAUCAGUGGUGAACAUGGAGUGGGACAAGAUCUGGGCUUUCAAUAAGAAGGUGAUUGAUCCAGUAGCCCCCAGAUACACAGCUCUGUCCACCUAUGUGGUUCCUGUUUCUAUCCCAGAGGCAAAAGAGGAGAUGAAGGAAGUGGCCAAACACCCAAAGAACAUAGAGGUGGGCAUGAAGGAGGUUUGGUAUGGACCCCGAGUUCUGGUUGAAGGAGCAGAUGCUGAGACUUUCUCAGAGGGGGAGAUGGUCACCUUCAUCAACUGGGGCAACCUCAUCAUCACCAAGAUCAACAAAGCGGCUGACGGUAAAGUUGUGUCCAUGGAGGCUCGCCUGAACCUGGACAACAAAGACUACAAGAAGACAACAAAGAUCACAUGGCUGGCUGAAACUAACAGCGCCCCGCUUCUGCAGACCAUCUGCGUCAACUACCAGCCUCUCAUAUCCAAAGCUGUCAUCACGAAAGACGACGACUUCAAAGAGUACAUUAAUAAAAACAGCAAGUUGGAGGAGAAGAUGCUUGGAGAUCCCUGUCUGAAGAACCUAAGGAAAGGUGACAUCAUCCAGCUCCAGAGACGAGGCUUUUACAUCUGCGACCAGCCCUAUGAGCCAGUCAGCCCUAACAGCUGUAAGGAGAGCCCCUGUGUCCUGCUCUACAUUCCUGAUGGUCACACCAAGGAGAUGCCAACUGCUGGAUCCAAGGACAAAGGCAAGAGCCAGACUUCCAGUAACACAUCCGCCACCCCCACCAAGGCUGCCUCCAAGGCUGCACCCAAGGCUGCCCCCAAGGCUGCCCAAGCACCUGCCUCAGCACCUGCCUCAGCCUCAGGUGGUGACCUGUUCUCAAGGAUUGUAACUCAAGGGGAAGCUGUGCGCCAGCUAAAGACUGCCAAAGCCCCAAAAGACGAGGUGGACAAAGCUGUUCAGCAGCUGCUCUCUCUCAAGGCUCAGUUUAAAGAGCAGACAGGUAUGGACUACAAGCCAGGUAUGGCCCCUCCCACCUCAGCUCCAACACCACCCACAUCUUCAUCAGACUCCGCCUCCUGUCCAUUCACCCGUGUGACCCAACAGGGUGAGCUGGUCAGGAAACUGAAGGCAGAGCAGGCACCCAAGGAUCAGAUUGAUGUAGCGGUGAAGCAGCUCCUCGCUCUAAAGGCAGAGUUUAAAAAGCUGACUGGUCAGGAUUACAAACCAGGGAUGGCCCCGCCCACUGACGCCGCCCCCCCUGCCACCGCCCCCCCUGCCGCCGCCCCCCCUGCUCCUUCCCCUGUGAAGAUCUCUUCUUCAGGUCCUUAUGAGCGUGUCACACACCAAGGGGAGGUUGUGAGGAAACUGAAGUCUGAGAAAGCCCCCAAGGACCAGGUUGAUUCAGCAGUGAAGCAGCUGCUUGCCCUGAAGGCAGAGUACAAACAGCUCACAGGUCAGGACUACAAGCCGGGAGCCGCUCCAGUCCAGAAAACCCCUGCUCCAGUCCAGAAAACCCCUGCUCCAGUCCAGAAAACCCCUGCUCCAGUCCAGAAAACCCCUGCUCCAGUCCAGAAAACCCCUGGUCCAGUCCAGAACAGCCCUAGCCCUGCCCCUGCUGCCACCGGCCUCUACGAGAAGGUUGCUGAACAGGGAGAAGUGGUCAGGAAAUUGAAGACUGAAAAAGCUCCCAAGGAUCAGGUAGAUGCUGCAGUGAAGCAGCUGUUGGCUCUGAAGACAGAGUACAAACAGCAGACUGGACAGGAUUACAAACCAGGAGCCCCAGCUCCUUCUGUUCAGACCAGCUCCUCUUCCACCAAGUCCAGUUCUUCUCCACAGACCCAGGAGCUGUUCUCACAGGUGGCCCAACAGGGAGAGCUGGUGAGAAAGUUGAAGUCUGAGAAGGCCCCAAAGGAUCAGGUAGAUGAGGCUGUGAAGAGUCUCCUGGACCUGAAGAACAAGUACAAGACUCUUACGGGAGAGGAUUACAAACCAGUGGCUGCUGCUGGAGGUCCUGGAGGAGACGACAAAAACCGCAAGGAGAAGGAGAACAAGUCUGAGAAGCAGGGAGGAGGAGGAGCAGGAGGUGGAAAGAAGGGUAAAGGAGACAAGGCUGGUCAGGGUAAAGAGUCUGCAGGAGGAGCUGGAGGAGCAGGAGAUGGACAAGGAUCCAAGAAACAAACACGGUUGGGCUUGGAGGCUAAGAAAGAGGAGAACCUGGCUGACUGGUAUUCUCAGGUCAUCACCAAAGCAGAGAUGAUCGAGUAUUAUGAUGUGAGCGGCUGCUAUGUGCUGCGGCCCUGGGCCUACUCCAUCUGGGAGUCGAUCAAAGAGUUCUUUGACCGGGAAAUUAAGAAACUUGGUGUGGAGAACUGCUACUUCCCCAUGUUCGUUUCUCAGGCCGCACUCGAGAAGGAAAAGUCCCACAUUGAAGACUUUGCUCCAGAGGUUGCCUGGGUAACUCGGUCAGGAAAAACCGAGCUGGCAGAGCCCAUUGCUGUCAGACCCACCAGUGAGACAGCGAUGUACCCAGCUUACGCUAAAUGGGUCCAAUCCCACAGAGACCUGCCAAUCAGACUCAACCAGUGGUGUAAUGUUGUGAGAUGGGAGUUCAAACACCCUCAGCCUUUCCUGAGAACAAGAGAGUUCCUGUGGCAGGAGGGACAUUCAGCAUUUGCCACCCAAGAGGAGGCUGCUGAGGAGGUGCUUCAGAUCCUGGAGCUGUAUGCCAAGGUGUAUGAAGAGCUGAUGGCGAUCCCUGUGGUAAAGGGGAGGAAGACAGAGAAGGAGAAGUUUGCAGGAGGAGAUUACACCACGACUGUGGAGGCUUUCAUCUCUGCCAGUGGGCGAGCCAUUCAGGGUGCUACAUCCCACCACCUCGGCCAGAACUUCUCCAAGAUGUUUGAGAUCAUUUUUGAGGAUCCGAAGAGGCCGGGCGAGAAGCAGUUUGCUUUCCAGAACUCCUGGGGUAUCACAACCAGAACCAUUGGUGUCCUCACCAUGGUCCAUGGAGACAACAUGGGACUCGUACUGCCACCCAGGGUCGCCUGCCUGCAGGUUGUCAUAAUCCCAUGUGGAAUCACUGCCUCUCUGCCAGAGGCAGAGAAGGAGGCGCUGUUGGCCCAGUGCUCCAAAUACCUGAGGAGGCUGCAGGACGCUGGCAUCAGGGUGAAGUGUGACGUGCGAGAUAACUACUCCCCAGGAUGGAAGUUCAACCACUGGGAACUCAAGGGAGUUCCUAUUCGUCUGGAGGUUGGCCCUAAAGACAUGCAGCAGCGUCAGUGCGUUGCAGUGAGGAGAGACUCUGGAGCAAAAGUGACGAUUCCAGAGGCAGACGCAGAGACAAAGCUAGCUGCCAUGUUGGAGGACAUCCAGAACUGCCUGUUCAAAAAAGCUUCAGAUGACAUGAAGAGUCACAUGGUGGCUGCAGACUCGAUGGAAGAGUUCCAGAAAGAGUUGGACAAGGGCAAGAUGGUGCAGAUCCCAUUCUGUGGAGAAAUCGAGUGUGAGGACUACAUCAAGAAAACCACUACCAAGGACCAGGACCUGGAGCCUGGAGCUCCAUCCAUGGGAGCCAAGAGCCUCUGUAUUCCCUUCUCUCCCCUGAAGACGCUGCAGCCUGGUCAAGUGUGCGUCAACUGCAAGAAGCCUGCCAAGUAUUACACCAUGUUUGGACGCAGCUACUGAGAACCUGGAGGAGGAAGAUCGCAGUUGAAAAGGGCUUUCCUACCCUUUCUGUUUCCUUUUUUUUAAUCUCCUUUGGGUGUCCUGGUUGAUAUGGAUAUGGUUGUGAAUGGAUGGUGGGUUUGUCUCUGUAUUUCUUUUACAUGUUAACAUUGUUGCAAUCCAUCUGAAAGGAGGUGAAAAAGAGAGUUUACUCUCAGAUUACUUACUUCUGAGAGAGAACGACUGGUGCUGUUUCUCCCCUCCUCUCUAACGACCACAUCAGGAGAACGCUCACCGUCCAGAAGUGGUUUGUACAAGAAUGGAAGUCACCAACAGAAACCUCUUACAUAAUAAAUCCUCUCUGUCAGGCAGGUUUGUCAUCAUAUAACUGUUGGAGUCCUUCUAAAUACAACUAGUUAAAUUGUAAAAGAAGCUGCUGGAUUUGAAAAUGUCUAUAUUAUAGCAAUUUUUUUUUUUUAUAACCCCAACGUAAAAUGUAAUAUUUGUUGUUCUUUUUAAAAUAAUAUUUUUGUCAGUAUUGAUAAAUUGAGAGGGCCUAGGCCUUUCGAAAUCUGUCAAAACCCCAAAUGAGAACCAACAGAGAAAAAAACCAUCCUGAGUCACAUGUUGUAUCCUCUGGGCAGAAGUUCUCUUUACUUACCUUACCACACUGUCUCAGGAACUCCAGGUAUUCAGGCUUGUAGGUUGGGUGUUACUCUCACAGCUUUGUCAGCCGCCCUCCUUCUGUUUGUACGACACAGGUUACAGACUGUGGCUCAAUGCAAAUCCUUCAGAUCCACCAGAGGCGAAUGACGAACAUCUGUGAGGAACUGUGUGUGUGGACAAUACCCAGUAAUGUAGCCUUCUGCCACUUCUCUCCUGUGAAAGAAUUCUACAAGUUGUCUAUAAUAAUAAUAAAAUUAUAAGCAAACUA